CCGUGAUGGCGGCGGUGCGCGUGCGCGCUCGCUCCGGGGCCCUCCUCCCUAGCGGAGCGAGCGGGGCGGGUGCUGGAGCAGGCAGGUCGUGCUCCGCCCGGGUGAAAGGGCGGCGGCGGCGCUGGGCGGGGCCGAGUUCCACAGCCGGCAGCCGGGCUGUGGUGGGUCCUGAGAGCCGCUCAGGCGGGGCGGGGCUGGCCGAGGGGAGUCCGCGCGUGCCCGCGCUGAGCUGUCCGCUCCGGCGGCUGCGCUGCUCGCCUGCCGCGACGUAGCGCCGGGGUCUCCAAGCAUGACCGAGCUGAGGCAGAGGGCGGUCCGCGAGCCGGACGCGCCGCCCGAGGACAAGGAAUCGGAGUCAGAAGCAAAGGUAGAUGGAGAGACUGCAUCGGACAGUGAGAGCCGAGCGGAAGCUGCUCCUUUAUCAACCUCUGCAGAUGAUACCCCAGAGGUCCUCAACAGGGCCCUUUCCAACUUGUCUUCAAGAUGGAAGAACUGGUGGGUGAGAGGCAUCCUGACUUUGGCCAUGAUUGCAUUUUUCUUCAUCAUUAUUUACCUGGGACCAAUGGUUUUAAUGAUCAUUGUGAUGUGUGUUCAGAUUAAGUGUUUCCAUGAGAUUAUCACUAUUGGCUACAACGUCUACCACUCCUAUGACCUGCCCUGGUUCAGAACCCUCAGCUGGUACUUUCUACUGUGUGUAAAUUAUUUCUUCUAUGGUGAGACGGUGACCGAUUACUUCUUCACUCUGGUCCAGAGAGAGGAGCCUUUGCGGAUUCUCAGUAAAUACCACCGGUUCAUUUCCUUUACUCUCUAUCUGAUAGGAUUCUGCAUGUUUGUACUGAGUCUGGUCAAGAAGCAUUAUCGACUGCAGUUCUACAUGUUUGGCUGGACCCAUGUAACAUUACUGAUUGUUGUAACUCAGUCACAUCUCGUUAUCCACAACCUGUUUGAAGGAAUGAUCUGGUUCAUUGUCCCCAUCUCUUGUGUGAUCUGUAAUGACAUUAUGGCCUAUAUGUUUGGCUUCUUCUUUGGUCGGACCCCACUCAUUAAGCUGUCCCCGAAGAAGACCUGGGAAGGCUUCAUUGGGGGCUUCUUUGCUACUGUGGUGUUUGGCCUUCUGCUGUCCUAUGUGAUGUCCGGGUACAGAUGCUUUGUCUGCCCUGUGGAAUACAACAAUGACACCAACAGCUUCACUGUGGACUGUGAGCCCUCGGACCUCUUUCGUCUGCAGGAGUACAGCAUCCCUGAGGUGAUCCAGUCGGUCAUUGGCUUGACAACAGUCUGGAUGUACCCUUUCCAGAUUCACAGCAUCGCCCUCUCCACGUUUGCCUCGCUCAUCGGCCCCUUUGGAGGGUUCUUUGCAAGUGGAUUCAAACGAGCCUUUAAAAUCAAAGACUUUGCCAACACCAUUCCUGGCCACGGAGGCAUCAUGGAUCGCUUUGACUGCCAGUACCUGAUGGCCACCUUUGUCAACGUGUACAUUGCCAGUUUUAUCAGGGGCCCCAACCCAAGCAAGCUGAUUCAGCAGUUCCUGACCUUGCGUCCAGAUCAACAGCUGCACAUCUUCAACACACUCAGAUCUCACCUGGCCGACAAGGGGAUGCUGACAGCCGCCACAGAGGAUGAGUAGGGGCCCCGGGGCCGAGACAGCAAGAGCAAAUGGAGCGAGGGGCUGGGCUCCAAGGCAAAGCCCCACUGGUGUGACUCAGUCAAUGACAAGGCUUCAACUCACUGUCUUUUUUUUUUUUUUUUUUUUGGUAGAGUGUUUUUUAUUUGUGGGUUUUCAAAACAAUCUGUAUAUACAGUCUAUGUGCUUAUGAUUUGGGUCGUGGGUAAACUACAGCUUUGAGUUGGAAAGAAGUCAUGGGGGUCAGACCAUUCGGGUUUUUUAAACAAAAGUUUUAACGUGGAAGACAGUGUUGCCCAGCUGGGGUACAUCUGCUUGGUUCUUCUUACUCUCAAGCUAGAGUUUCUGUUGCUGGGCUCGCUCAGAGAGUGAAUGUCUAUCUGUGGCUGACCAGUUCAGGGGCACCCCCUGGCCUGU